UCCAAGGUUUCUGUAGGCAGGUAUUUUGUAUUUGAUGUGGUGAGAAACAGAAACUCGUAUUUAGGGGCCCCAGAUGGAUUUAAAGUUUUGGGCAUUCUCAAUGUUUCCUAUUUUGGGUUGGAAACGGAAGUGAUUUCUAUCCCAGUGGCUGGUAUCUUAUGGAACCGGAGAGGAUAUUUCCUUCAGUGGAUUGGAUAUACUUCUGAGAUACAAUGUGAUGAAGAAUUCCUAUGGAAACAUCCUUUUUGGAGUUACCUGUCUUCCAGAAUUAAUGAUUCCUUCUUUUGGAUAAUAUCAAGGCCUUCUUUGGAUAUAUCCCUUCUUCCUGAUGGAGCUAUUUGGCUACAAGUUUUGUGGUUGUAUUAUCUGGAAUAUUCUGGAAUAUCAGAGCCCACAGAUUCUUUGAGAAGUCAAUACCACCUUCUCAGUUUUCACUACAUAAAGUCUGCAAACAAAUUGGAUUGUCACAAAAAAUCUGGCAAACCGUAAUGAUUCAACCAUUUGGAUUCUACAAACAAUACCUUAACAUGGAAAUGUGUGUGCUUGGAUGAGGAAGAACGAAGCAAUGCUUGAUUUUUCCACUUUGGAUCUACACAGUUUCUGUGUUGGAAUUAUACUCCUUGAUGGAAUUGGGGGAAAUUGAGACGGACAUUCAUAAAUGCUGGAAUAUAGCCAUUCUUUUCUAAAUGCUGGAAUAUAUGGUGUGUCGUGCUCUCAAGACUCCCAUUAGCCCAGAGGAAGAGGAUUACUAUCUCAUUUCUUAAAUAAGCUGCUGUGCAAUUAAAGGUACUUUAGCUUUGAACACAUGGUAUGACCAGUUGUGGAUACCGCAGUCAAAAUUGACUGGGCUGGAUGGCUACAAAAGUGAACAAUUUGCAAGCAACUGUCCCUUCCUCACUGUUGGAAUUGUAGAGGAUCUUUCCUCUUUCUGCCAGCUGCCUGAUUCAUACUUAGGGCUGGAGAUGUUUAUGAAUGUGGAUCAAUUUAUAAUUGUCUACUAUCUCAAGAAAGAAGUCUGGGGGUUUGAGAGUUACAGUUUGUCUGGAACUACUUGCUUCCAGUGGAAUAAUCUUGUCUGGUCACUAAGAUUUUUUUUUUCUUGUGGUUCAUCUAAAUAUCAUUUGACACCCUUGCCCAUUAAGAAGGUGGAUUACCCCUGUAAGAGGGGCCAAAAUUGGGGAAGUUAUGUUCACAAUUCUCUCCCUAGAUUUAAUUGGGAUUAUAGGUCGUGUUUCCACAGUUGGAAAAGGGCUUCAGAUAACAGGGAGCGUGCUUAUGAACAUAGUGCCUAUGGACACCAUGAACGGGGGACGGGAGCGUUUGAUCGGACAAGACAUUACGAUCAGGAUUACUAUAGAGACCCUCGAGAGCGGACUUUACAACAUGGGCUCUAUUAUACUUCUCGGAGUCGAAGUCCAAACCGCUUUGAUGCUCAUGACCCCCGAUACGAACCUAGGGCUCGGGAGCAGUUUACACUGCCCAGUGUGGUACACAGGGAUAUCUACAGGGAUGAUAUAACCCGGGAGGUACGAGGCAGAAGGCCAGAGCGGAAUUACCAGCACAGCAGGAGUCGCUCACCACAUUCAUCCCAGUCUAGAACUCAGUCUCCCCAGAGACUGGCCAGCCAAGCGUCUAGACCCACCAGGUCCCCUAGCGGCAGCGGCUCUAGGAGUAGAUCCUCCAGUAGUGAUUCAAUCAGCAGCAGCAGUAGUACCAGCAGUGACAGCAGUGAUUCCAGCAGUAGUUCAAGUGAUGACUCUCCAGCCCGAUCUGUUCAGUCUGCAGCAGUCCCAGCACCUACUUCUCAGUUGCUUUCAUCUCUUGAAAAAGAUGAGCCCCGUAAAAGUUUUGGGAUCAAAGUUCAGAACCUUCCAGUACGCUCUACAGAUACAAGCCUUAAAGAUGGUCUUUUCCAUGAAUUUAAGAAAUUUGGCAAGGUGACUUCAGUACAGAUACAUGGAGCUUCAGAAGAGAGGUACGGGUUGGUGUUCUUUCGGCAGCAAGAGGACCAAGAAAAAGCAUUGACUGCAUCGAAAGGGAAACUUUUCUUUGGCAUGCAGAUUGAAGUGACAGCAUGGAUAGGGCCGGAAACAGAAAGUGAAAAUGAAUUUCGCCCCUUGGAUGAAAGGAUAGAUGAAUUUCACCCCAAAGCAACAAGAACUCUCUUUAUUGGCAACCUUGAAAAAACCACUACUUAUCAUGACCUUCGCAAUGUCUUUCAGCGCUUUGGAGAAAUUGUGGAUAUCGACAUUAAGAAAGUAAAUGGAGUUCCUCAGUAUGCGUUCUUGCAAUACUGCGAUAUCGCCAGUGUUUGUAAAGCUAUUAAGAAGAUGGAUGGGGAAUACCUUGGAAAUAAUCGCCUCAAGCUGGGGUUUGGGAAGAGUAUGCCUACAAACUGUGUGUGGUUGGAUGGGCUCUCCUCAAGUGUGUCGGAUCAGUAUUUAACACGACAUUUCUGCCGGUAUGGGCCUGUGGUAAAGGUGGUGUUUGACCGCUUAAAAGGCAUGGCCCUUGUUCUCUACAAUGAGAUUGAAUAUGCACAAGCAGCUGUAAAAGAGACCAAGGGGAGGAAAAUUGGUGGGAAUAAAAUUAAGGUUGAUUUUGCAAAUCGGGAAAGUCAGCUAGCAUUUUAUCACUGCAUGGAGAAAUCCGGUCAAGAUAUUAGAGAUUUUUAUGAAAUGUUAACAGAAAGAAGAGAGGAACGAAGGGGGUCCUACGAUUACAGUCAGGACCGGACAUACUAUGAGAGUGUUCGGACCCCAGGCGCGUAUGCGGAGGACUCCAGGCGGGACUAUGCAGCUCGAGGGAGAGAAUUCUACUCAGAGUGGGAAGCAUACCAAGGAGACUACUAUGAGUCACGGUAUUAUGAUGAGCCUCGGGAAUACAGGGAUUACAGGAGUGAUCCUUACGAACAGGAUAUUCGGGAAUACACUUAUAGGCAAAGGGAACGAGAGAGAGACCGUGAGAGAUUUGAGUCUGAGCGGGACAGAGACCAUGAGAGGAGGCCCAUUGAGCGAAGUCAGAGUCCAGUGCACUUGAGAAGGCCGCAGAGUCCUGGGGCAUCGCCCUCACAGUCCGACAGGUUGCCGAGUGACUCUGAGAGGAGGCUGUACAGCCGGUCCUCAGAGCGGAGUGGAAGCUGCAGCUCACUCUCCCCUCCACGGUACGAUAAACUGGACAAGUCUCGUUUGGAACGCUAUACAAAAAAUGAAAAGACAGAUAAAGAACGAACUUUUGAUACUGAGAGAGUGGAGAGAGAGAGACGCUUAAUACGGAAGGAAAAAUUGGAAAAGGACAAACCUGACAAGCAGAAACGGAAAGGAAAAGUUCAUUCCCCUAGUUCUCAGUCUUCAGAAACAGACCAAGAAAAUGAGCGAGAGCAGAGCCCUGAAAAAACAAGGAGUUCUAAUAAACUGAGCAGAGAGAAAGCUGACAAAGAAGGAAUUGCAAAAAACCGCCUGGAACUCAUGCCUUGUGUGGUUUUGACUCGAGUGAAAGAGAGAGAGGGGAAGGUCAUUGACCACACUCCGUUGGAAAAGCUGAAAUCCAGACUUGAUAAUGACACUGUAAAGUCUUCUGCUCUGGACCAGAAGCUCCAGGCUGCUCAGACUGACCCUGGAAAAUUGGACUCGUCUAAAGUGGAGUCUGCCAGAGGGAAAGUGCCAAGGGAAAAGGCGCUUUCAACUCACGUGGAGGUGGCAGAUAAGGAAGGCAGGCCCAAGCCCAGGAAGCACCUUAAGCCAGAGCAAGCCAGUGAGGGCCUGAGUGCUGUGGAUCUAGAGAAGCUGGAAGCAAGGAAAAGGCGCUUCGCAGAUUCCAGUUUGAAAGCAGAAAGGCAAAAACUGGAAGUCAAGAAAAGCAGUCCUGAAAUGGAAGAUGCUCGGGUGCUUUUAAAAAAGCAGACUGACCUGUCAUCUAGAGAUGUUACUGUGCUGAGGGAAGGAGAGUCUGAAAGAAAGCCUGUAAGAAAAGAAAUUCUUAAAAGAGAAUCUAAAAAAAUCAAGCCGGACCGAAUUAACAUUGUUCCCAGCCCCAAAGACUGUCAGGAGCUUGGCAGUAUUUCUGUUGGGUCUGGCUCAAGGCCCAGCUCAGACCUGCAGGCAAGACUGGGAGAACCAGUAGGUGAAUCUGUGGAAAAUCAAGAAUCCCAGUCAAAAAAAGUCAUACCCUCAAAACCACAGCUCAGACAGCUUCAGCACUUAGAUGAUCAAGGUCCAGAGAGAGAGGACGUCAGGAAAAACUAUUGCAGUCUUCGUGAGGAAACACCUGAACGCAAACCAGGCCAAGAGAAACCACAUGCCGUAAACACUGAAGAGAGCAUAGGCAUUGACAUCGACCACACGCAGAGCUACCGCAAGCAAAUGGAGCAGAGCCGCAGGAAACAGCAGAUGGAGAUGGACAUAGCCAAGUCAGAAAAGUUUGGCAGUCCCAAAAAAGAUGUAGAUGAAUAUGAAAGACGGAGCCUUGUUCAUGAGGUAGGCAAACCCCCUCAAGACGUCACAGAUGACUCUCCUCCCAGCAAAAAGAAAAGGAUGGAUCACGUCGACUUUGAUAUCUGUACCAAAAGGGAGAGGAAUUACAGAAGUUCACGCCAAAUCAGUGAGGAUUCUGAGAGGACUAGCUGUUCUCCCAGUGCCCGCCAUGGUUCCUUCCAGGAAGAUGAAGAUCCCCUAGGCUCUCCAAGGCUAGCACCAGUAAAAGGGUCUCCUAAAGCAGAUGAGAAAGGUCUCCCCUACUCUCAUGCAACAGUGAGGGAGGAGUCCUUAAAAUUUAAUCCUUACGAUUCUAGUAGGAGAGAACAGAUGGCAGACAUGGCCAAAAUAAAGCUGUCUGUCUUGCAUUCUGAAGAUGAACUUAAUCGUUGGGACUCUCAAAUGAAACAAGAGGCCAGCAGAUUCGAUGUGAGUUUCCCAAACAGCAUCAUUAAAAGAGACAGCCUGAGAAAGAGGUCUGUGAGAGAUUUGGAACCUGGUGAGGUGCCUUCAGAUUCUGAUGAAGAUGGUGAACACAAAUCCCAUUCUCCUAGAGCCUCUGUGUUAUACGAAAGUUCUCGACUGUCUUUUUUAUUAAGGGACAGAGAAGACAAACUACGUGAACGAGAUGAAAGACUCUCUAGUUCUUUAGAAAGGAACAAGUUUUAUUCUUUUGCACUGGAUAAGACAAUCACACCAGACACUAAAGCUUUGCUUGAACGAGCUAAAUCCCUCUCUUCAUCCCGAGAAGAAAAUUGGUCUUUUCUGGACUGGGACUCCCGAUUUGCUAAUUUUCGAAACAACAAAGAUAAAGAAAAGGUUGAUUCUGCUCCAAGGCCUAUUCCAUCAUGGUACAUGAAAAAGAAGAAAAUCCGGACUGAUUCAGAAGGGAAAAUGGCCGAUAAAAAAGAUGAUCAUAAAGAAGAGGAUCAAGAGAGGCAAGAACUGUUUGCCUCUCGUUUUUUACACAGCUCAAUCUUUGAGCAAGAUUCUAAGCGACUGCAGCACCUAGAGAGGAAGGAUGAGGAGUCAGCCUUCCCUUCUGGGCCGUUGUACGGGAGGCAGGCAUCUGACGGAGCAAACAGCACAAGUGAGUCAGUGCAGGAACCAGUUGUUCUCUUCCACAGCAGAUUCAUGGAGCUCACACGAAUGCAGCAGAAAGAAAAAGAAAAAGACCAAAAACCCAAAGAGGCUGAGAAGCAGGAAGAUGCAGAGAAUCAUCCCAAAACCCCAGAGACUAUUACAGAGAAUAAAGAGUCAGAACUAAAAACACCACUCCCAGCCGGGCCUCCUGGUGUCACAGCCAUCACUCCAGAAUCCGUGUCAUCAGCAACAGAGAAGGCCAGUGAGAAAAUAGCACAAGCACCUCUGGUGACAGAAGAGAAGACUGUGGAGACAGCCUGUGUUCCAGAAGAAGCAAAACUUGUAUCUGAACUGGCACCUGUCCCUGUGGAACAACCUGAACAAGUAGAUGUGCCCCCAGGAGGGGACACCAGUAAAGAUGCUACUGUGACACCUUGCUCUGUUGAAGACAGCUCACCUGUUGACCCACAGCCUUAUCUGGAUACCAAGCCUCCUACUCCUGGAUCCUCGUUUUCCCAGAUAGAAAGCAAUGGGGAUCCAGAACCUGACAGUCCCCAGCCACUUUCCAAACCAACUCAGAAGACUGAGGAAGCUGAAGAGCCAAAAGUGGAAAAGCUGGAUGCUGCCGUGGAUGUUGAACCUAACGCAAAUCAGAAAGCUGAAGUUGCUUCUGAGGCACAGCCUCAAGCUUCUGAAGAUGCAGAAGUAGACCCUCCAGUUGCUGCAAAAGAUAAGAAGCCGAACAAAAGUAAGCGCUCCAAGACACCAGUUCAGGCAGCUACAGCAAGUGUGGAGAAGCCCGUCACACGGAAGAGUGAGAGGAUAGACCGGGAAAAGCUAAAGCGGUCCAGUUCCCCCCGGGGAGAAGCACAGAAGCUGUUAGAAUUGAAGAUGGAAGCAGAGAAGAUUACAAGGACUGCUUCUAAAAACUCCUCGGGGGAACCUGAGCACCCUGAGCCAAGUCUGCCUCUCAGCCGAACGAGACGUCGGAAUGUCAGGAGUGUUUAUGCAACCAUGGGUGAUCAUGAAAACCGUUCCCCAGCCAAAGAGCCUGUUGAGCAACCUAGAGUAACUAGGAAGAGAUUGGAGCGAGAGCUGCAGGAGGCCACAGCAGUUCCCACUACCCCUCGGAGGGGGAGGCCUCCGAAAACACGGCGUCGAGCUGAUGAGGAUGAGGAAAAUGAGGCUAAAGAACCUGCAGAAACACUAAGGCCAGCUGAGGGUUGGAGAUCCCCACGGUCUCAAAAAUCAGCAGCUGCUGGCGGUCCUCAAGGGAAAAGGGGGAAAAGUGAACCUAAAGUUGAUGCUGAGCGUGCUGAAGCUGCUGCUGAGGCGAGUCCCCAGAGGAAUGUGAAGGAAAAUAACAGCAAAUCCAAGGCUGAUAAGGAGGAAGCAGGGAGUGAGCAGAAGCGUGACAGAAGAGAAACAGACAAAAAUGCACCUGAAACUCCCCCAGUUGAAGUGGUGGAGAAAAAAGCAACCCCUGAAAAAAGCUGCUGCAAGUCAAAGAGAGGAAGGUCCCGGAAUGCUAGGUCCGCAGUGGACAGAUCUGCACAUCUGAAAAGUGUAGGUGCAGCUGCCAGUCCUGGGGCGGCCAUAGGUACUACAGGGCAGUCUGUGGACAGGGAAGCUGGGCUUGCAGCAGUCUCCCCUGAGAAAAUUGAGAGCCCCCCCGAAAAGGAGGAUAGCUCCUCAGCCAAGUUAAAAAAUGAUCCAGUUGAUCCUGACAAGGAGAGGGAGGAUGGGGCUGCCUGUAAGCAGUGCCCGGAGGCCACUCAGUUAGCCAAGCAGAUGGAGCUGGAGCAGGCUGUGGAGAACAUUGCGAAGCUCACUGAGACCUCUGCCAAUGGCACUUACAAGGCUGCAGGCCCAGCUGCCCCUGAAGAUCUCACCACUGAGGAUAGGGACAAACCUGCACGCCAGGCGAGCGAAACUGAACUGGCUGCAGCUAUUGGUUCCAUCAUCAAUGACAUUUCUGGAGAGCCAGAAAACUUCCCUGCUCCUCCCCCUUACCCUGCAGAAUCUCAGACGGAUCCGCAGCCCCCGGAGGAAGGAAUGGAGCCUGAGACCCAUGAGGCUGUGUCUGGAAUCUUGGAGGCUGCUACAGAGUCUUCUGGGUCACCAGUCAGUGCCCCUGAUCCCUCAGCAGGCCCAGCAGGUACGAAGGAAGCCAAAGGGAACAGCAGUAACACCUCCAAUUCAGUGCAGGAAACCAAAGGGUCCAAAGAAGUGGAAGUUACCAGGAAAGACAAAGGGCGCCAGAAGACAACACGGUCACGCCGCAAACGGAACACAAGCAAGAAGGUAGGCCCCCCAGUAGAGACCCAGGCCUCCGAGACUGACCAGGCUCCAAGCAAAGGCCCUGCUGUGAAUGAGGAGACACCCGUACUGCCCCCAGAACCUCCACAGGAAGAAAAGAAGAGCGAAAAGCCCCCUUCUGCUCCUCAGGCUUGUGCUACUGACCCAAGCAAGACUCCUCCUGCAGAGAGUUUGUCCCAAGAAAGCAACACUGAAGAGAAGACCCCAGCCAAAGCACCUGUACUCCCAGACCUCCCCCCUCUCUCCCAGCCAGCACCUGUGGAUGAUGAACCUCAAGCCAGGUUCAAGGUGCAUUCAGUCAUUGAAAGUGAUCCCGUGACCCCACCCAGUGACUCAAGCAUACCCCCACCCACAAUUCCUUCCGUGGCUGCAGCCAAACUCCCACUGCCUGUCCUCUCUGGAGGAGUCCCACAUGAGAACUCUUCUACCAAGGUGACAGAGUGGAUCACCAGGCAAGAGGAACCACAGGCUCAGUCCACUCCAUCUCCAGCUCUUCCCCCAGACACAAAGGCCUCUGACGUGGACACCAGCUCCAGUACAUUACGAAAGAUCCUCAUGGACCCCAAAUACGUAUCUGCCACAGGCAUCACUUCCACGAGUGUCACCACGGCCAUUGCAGAGCCCGUGAGUGCUGCCCCUUGCUUACAUGAGGCACUGCCCCCGCCAGCUGAAUCUCAGAAGCCUCCUUUAGAAGAAAAAGCAUCAGUUCCAGUAACAAGUGCCUCUGACACACAAGCCUUAGAGGUUCCAGUUGCCACUGACAAAGAAAAAGUGGCUCCAGUCAUUGCCCCUAAAAUCACCUCUGUCAUUAGCCGGAUGCCUGUCAGCAUUGAUUUGGAGAAUUCACAAAAGAUAACUUUGGCAAAACCAGCUCCUCAGACCCUGACUGGCCUGGUGAGUGCUCUGACUGGCCUGGUGAAUGUCUCCCUGGUUCCUGUGAAUGCCCUGAAGGGUCCUGUGAAGGGCUCAGUGGCCACACUGAAGGGGCUAGUGAGCACCCCUGCUGGACCCAUGAAUGUCCUGAAGGGACCUGUGAACGUCCUCACAGGGCCUGUGAAUGUCCUCACCACUCCAGUCAAUGCCACAGUGGGCACAGUGAACGCUGCCACGGGUGCAGUGACAGUCACAGCAGGUGCAGUGACUGCUGCUUCUGGUGGUGUGACUGUCACAACAGGUACAACAACUAUGACAGGUGCAGUGAUUGCACCAUCGGCAAAAGGCAAACAGAGAUCAAGCAGUAAUGAGAACAGUCGGUUCCACCCUGGGUCCAUGUCUGUGAUUGAUGACCGGCCGGCAGACACGGGCUCUGGUGCAGGGCUGCGUGUGAAUACUUCUGAAGGGGUUGUGCUCCUGAGCUAUUCGGGGCAGAAGACAGAAGGCCCGCAGCGAAUCAGCGCCAAAAUCAGCCAGAUCCCACCUGCCAGUGCAAUGGACAUCGAAUUCCAGCAGUCAGUGUCCAAGUCUCAGGUCAAACCUGAUUCUGUCACACCAUCGCAGCCUGUGCCUAAAGGUCCUCAGGCUCCUCCAGGCUUUGCAAACGUGGCCACUCAUUCUACCCUGGUUCUGACUGCCCAGACAUACAAUGCCUCUCCCGUGAUUUCGUCUGUGAAGGCCGACCGGCCAUCCUUGGAGAAGCCUGAGCCCAUUCACCUGUCUGUGUCCACACCUGUUACUCAGGGUGGCACAGUGAAGGUUCUCACCCAGGGCAUCAACACACCCCCAGUGCUGGUCCACAAUCAGCUGGUCCUCACCCCGAGCAUAGUCACCACUAACAAAAAGCUUGCUGACCCCGUCACACUCAAAAUAGAAACCAAGGUCCUUCAGCCAACUAACCUGGGGUCUACUCUUACUCCCCACCACCCUCCAGCUCUGCCUAGUAAGCUGCCUGCAGAAGUGAACCAUGUCUCCUCGGGACCUAGCACCCCGGCAGAUCGAACUGUCUCCCACUUGACAGCCACAAAACCAGAUGCACAUUCUCCUCGACCCAGCGGGCCUACACCGUCCCCAUUCCCAAGGGCGUGCCACCCCAGCAGCACAACAUCUCCGGCACUCUCCACCAAUGCCACAGUCAUGCUGGCUGCAGGCAUCCCUGUGCCUCAGUUCAUCUCCAGCAUCCACCCCGAGCAGUCUGUUAUCAUGCCACCCCACAGCAUCACUCAGACCGUGUCCCUUGGCCACUUGUCACAGGGCGAGGUGAGAAUGAAUACGCCCACGUUGCCCAGCAUCACAUACAGCAUCCGACCAGAGACGCUUCACUCUCCUCGGGCCUCCUUGCAGCCCCAGCAAAUAGAGGUCAGGGCCCCACCGCGCGCUGGCACACCCCAGCCGGCCCCAGCCAGUGUGCCUGCUUUGGCCUCCCAGCACACUCCUGAGGAGGAAGUUCACUACCACCUCCCUGUCGCACGAGCCGCUGCAGCCCCUGUGCAGUCAGAGGUGCUGGUCAUGCAGUCUGAAUACCGGCUGCACCCGUACACUGUGCCCCGGGAUGUGAGGAUCAUGGUGCACCCACAUGUGACAGCAGUCAGUGAGCAGCCCAGGGCUGCCGAGGGGAUAGUGAAGGUGCCACCAGCCAGCAAGGCCCCUCAGCAAUCAGCGAAGGAAGCUGCCAAGGCAUCGGACGCCAAAGCAGCCCCUGCCCCAGCCCCAGCUCCAGCUCCUCAUGGUGAGGCCCGCAUCCUCACAGUCACCCCCAGCAACCAACUCCAGGGGUUGCCUCUGACCCCGCCUGUGGUGGUGACCCACGGGGUGCAGAUUGUGCACUCCAGUGGUGAACUGUUCCAAGAGUACAGGUAUGGCGACAUCCGCACCUACCACGCCCCGGCCCAACUCACACACACUCAGUUUCCUGUUGCCUCCUCCAUUGGCCUGCCCUCCCGGACCAAGAAUCCUGUCCAGGGUCCUCCUGAUGGUGAGGCCUUACAGCCUACAUCAUCUACACAGCCUGCCCCGCUUGUGCCACCUGCCCAGCCUGCCCCACCUGUGCCACCCUGCCAGCCCUCCCAGCUCAGCCAAGCUGGCCAGCCACCAAGUAGCAAGAUGCCUCAGGUCUCCCAAGAGGCAAAGGGGACCCAAACAGGAGGAGCAGAGCAGCCUCGCCUCCCAGCUGUCUCUGCAAACAGGCCGCCUGAGCCUCACACUCAGAGGGCCCAGGUGGAAACAGGCCAGACAUCCCACCCUUCCCCUGUGUCUGUCUCCAUGAAACCUGACCUCCCGGCCCCUCUGUCAGUGCAGGCUGCCCCAAAGCAGCCGUUGUUUGUCCCCACAACGUCAGGCCCCAGCACCCCACCAGGACUGGCUCUGUCGCACACUGAAACUCAGCCAGCCUCAAAGCAAGACUCUUCUCCACACUUGACUUCCCAGAGACCUGUGGAUAUGGUCCAACUUCUGAAGAAGUACCCCAUCGUGUGGCAGGGGCUGCUGGCCCUUAAGAAUGACACAGCUGCUGUGCAGCUCCACUUUGUCUCUGGCAACAACGUACUGGCCCAUCGGUCCCUGCCCCUGUCUGAAGGAGGCCCCCCACUGAGGAUUGCCCAGAGGAUGCGGCUGGAAGCCUCACAGCUGGAAGGGGUUGCCAGGAGGAUGACGGAGACCCCUGACCACUGGCCUCUGCCCCAGGUGGAGACAGAUUACUGUCUGCUGCUGGCCUUGCCCUGUGGUCGUGACCAAGAGGAUGUGGUGAGCCAGACCGAGUCCCUCAAGGCUGCGUUCAUCACUUACUUGCAAGCCAAGCAGGCGGCGGGGAUAAUCAACGUUCCAAACCCUGGCUCUAAUCAGCCUGCCUAUGUGCUGCAGAUCUUCCCACCCUGUGAGUUCUCUGAGAGUCACCUGUCCCGCCUGGCCCCUGACCUCCUCGCCAGCAUCUCCAACAUUUCUCCCCAUCUCAUGAUCGUUAUUGCCUCUGUAUGAGUCACUGAAUGGUCAUCACCUCCGGGUGUUUUCCUGAACCUCUGCUGCAAAAAAUGCACACAGAACUCCGGACAGGACGACCCAGCCAGGUGGAGGGGAAGCUGCCGAAGGGGACAGGCUGCCAAGAUGCCAGCUUCCUGCACCCUCGCGCCCGCCCAGAUCCGUGGGACUGACCUCUGGGCGGUGGUGCUGCUACCUUGUAUGUUUACAAUGACACUUUCACCCAGGACAGAUCACCAACCGAUGGACUCGUAGACGCAUAGAGGCUGGGUUUCUGUCUCCUCUUGGAGAAAAGGAACAAGGCAGUGGAAUUUUUUUGUUUUUUAAAGAAACAAGAAGACACCUGCCUUUGCACUAAAUUAGUGACUUGGACUUUUGCACAGUGAAUAUGGACUGUGACAUUCUGGUGUACGAGAACACACAUCACGGACUCCAAUGCAGGAUGUGGGACUUCUGCUGGAACCUGGGGGGGUGGUUCAAGGAACAU